AGUUUGUCUAAACUGCUCCAAGGAGAAGAGUAUAAUAUAGGUAACCCGGUAUACAUUGGGGAAAAUUCGCGGCCAACGUUCUUCGAGCAGUGACAAAUCGCUGGAAUUUUAGGGUUCCAGUUCCAGUUACCGCGCACUGACCAACUGCAACUGAAGCUCCAAUUCCUCACCUGCACUGAUGAGCCAUUCGACUGAGCAUCUUCAAGCUGAACAUCAGAAUCCCUUUAAUAAAGGUUCAGAAGUUUUUAUAGGUGGUUUGGCCCGUACUGUUACUGAAAACAAGAUCAGAGAGGUAUUCUCUGCUUGUGGCAAAAUUGUUGAAAUAAGGCUGAUACAGGACCAGAGUGGCAACAUAAAGGGUUUUGGGUUUGUCCGUUUUGCAACAAAAGAGGCUGCAGAAAAAGCUGUAAAGGAAAAGUCUGGAUAUGUUAUAGAUGGACGGAAGAUUGGUGUUCUCCCUUCAAUAGAGCAGGAUACAUUAUUUUUUGGGAAUCUUAACAAAGGUUGGAGUGCUGAGGAAUUUGAAAACCUUAUACACCAGGUUUUUCCAGAUGUUGUAUCUGUUAAUCUUGUAAUGCAUGGAGAUCUGCAAGCUGGUCAAAAGCAACGGAAUCGGGGCUUUGCUUUUGUUAAAUUCUCAUCUCAUGCUGCUGCAUCUCGUGCAUAUCGGUUGGGAACCAGUUCAGAAUUCCUUCUUGGUAAUUUGCAUCCAGCUAUUCAAUGGGCUGAGGAGGAACCAGAAAUCGAUCAAAAAGAAAUUGCUAAGAUUAAAAUAGCCUUUGUUAGAAAUCUUCCAUCUGAAGCUGAUGAAAAUUACUUGAGGGAACUCUUUGAGCGAUUUGGGAAGGUAGAGAGGGUCGUGCUGCCCAGGAAGGGUAACUCCUUGGUGGGAUUUGUUCACUUUGAAAAACGGCUUGAUCUUGACAAUGCUAUCAAGGAAUUGAAUGAAAAAACAUUACCAGGACCAAAUGGAGGGCCACCAUAUAAACUUCAGGUUGAAGUUGCAAGGCCCAUGGACAAAAGCAAGAAGCGCGUUCGUGAUGAGUCACAAAGCAAGUCAUCCACCAACAUUCAGAACCAUCCCAAGGAACCAGAGGAAGUCAAAGUUUCUGAUCCUUAUGAAGCUGCUAUAGUUGCAUUACCAGCUGUUGUCACUGAACGUUUACUGAGGAUCAUGAGGCUUGGGAUUGCUACUAGAUAUGAUAUAACUAUUCAAAGUUUAACCCGUCUUAAGGAGUUACCUGAAUCUACAGUCAUACCUAUUCUUGAUCAGUUUAUGUUGUCUGGAGCGGAUGCGCAAAACAAAGGAGCAUAUCUUGAAGGAUUAAUUGCUAAACAUUAUGCUAAGGUGGGAAAGCACUGGAGUCCUUCAAGUUUUUCUAGAGUUGAGGAUGCCACUUUGACCGAACCUGAUACCGUUCGGUACUCAAAACAAGUUCGUCUCCCUGUUGAUUCCUAUGGCCCACAUGUGCCAUCUCCUGUUAGUAGGUCUGGACUAUACGGAGAUCUCUAUUCGCCAACAUUACCACACCACCAUCUAUUGCAGGGUCGAGUGACGACAAGACUUGAGGAAACUAGCCCUCCCCUACAGGGGAUUAGAUCAAGUACUUCUGCUUAUGGCAGAGCGGGACCAACAUUCUACAACAUCGAGGAAACUAGCCCUCCUCUGCAAAGGCCACUGAGUUCUGCAGCCUAUGGGAGAGUUGUAGCAACGUUAAGAGGAGCAGAGGAAACUAGUGCUCGUCUGCUGGUACCACCCAGUUCUGCUGCAGCUUAUGGGAGAGUUGUAACAACGUUAAGAGGAGCAGAGGAAGCUAGUGCUCGUCUGCAGGUACCACCGAGUUCUUCUGCAGCUUAUGGGAGAGUGGGAUUAAACUCUUACACCACAAAUGCUGCUGAUCAUCAACCUACUCGAUCUCAAGUAAGGUUUGAUCCUUUCACUGGGGAACCUUACAAAUUUGACCCCUUCACUGGAGAACCUAUCCUUCCUGAGAGUUCGUCACGCUAAUUUUUAAAUCCGCACUGAUGAUAAUUAUUCUUGUUGUCCAAACUACGUCGGUAAAGUUGAGUGAGGCACUAUAGGUGUGAAUUUUUUUAUGUGAAUGUUGAUGCAUGGGUUUAUUUUGUUUGUAGAAUAGUUCUGUUCUUGGGUAAAAACCACGCCCUAACAAGUGUAACAGUAGCAUCCUUGGCAUUUGAUAAUUAGGGCUAAUGAGCCCUACCACUUAUUAUUAUUAUUAUUAUUAUUAUUAUUAUUAAGUCCAUGUAAUGCAAUUCUUCUUCUUC